GAGGAAUGAGAAGACUAGGGUGGAGUCUGCAAUUCAAGUCAUUUUCUGGUUUGCAUGCCUCUUCUCCCAGUAACGAAGGGGUUGAGCUCAAAUAAAACUGCAAGACUUUUUAACAUAGUAUUAGGAAUAGUAACAACUGCACUCACGCCAGCUUCAUUCCAGCUAAUCUAACUCAGCAGCUAAGAUGGUCGAGGUAUUCUGUGCUACCUGGAAGCUGAUUGACAGCCAGAAUUUUGAUGAGUACAUGAAGGCACUGGGAGUUGGCUUUGCUACUCGCCAAGUGGGGAAUGUUACCAAACCAACUGUGAUCAUCAGCCAAGAGGGAGACAAAGUGGUGAUCAGGACCCAAAGCACUUUCAAGAACACAGAAAUCAGUUUCAAACUGGGAGAAGAAUUUGAUGAAACUACUGCAGAUGAUAGAAACUGCAAAUCUGUUGUUACCAUGGAUGGAGAAAAGCUAGUUCAUGUGCAGAAAUGGGAUGGCAAAGAGACAAACUUUGUUAGAGAAAUUAAAGAUGGUAAAAUGGUCAUGACACUCACCUUUGGUGAUAUUGUUGCUGUUCGCCAGUAUGAAAAAGCAUAGAAUUUGCCAAUGUCCAGCUUGAGUUUUUAACGUCUCGGGAUGGAGUAAAGAGCUGUCUUCAGUUAGCCAUCUCUGAAAUGAACAUUGUUGACAUGAAGGAAAAUCAAGUGCUAGUUUUGUUUUUUAACUUUAUACCAUCAAAUCGUCAAACUCUUGCUCUUGCUCUGUACAUCGCCACAAGUAAAACUUUGCAAUAAAUGUCUGAAAUUCUU